CCAACUUUCGCCCAGGCCGUCGCGACCCCCGGGCCCGGACGGCCGAUCCGAAGGAUGGGCCCCGCCGGGGUGACCCGCGGACUCCAGGAGGUUUGACUUUGAAACAUAAUGCCAGCUGAGCGUAAAAAGCCGGCAAGCAUGGAAGAAAAAGAAUCUUUGUUGAACAGCAAAGAGAAAGACUGCAAUGAAAGGAGAACUGUGAGCAGCAGGGAAAAACCCAAAGAUGAUAUCAAAAUUAGCACCAAGAGAGAGGCAAUAAAGGUGCCUGAAGAUAAGAAGAAGAAGUUGGAAGAAGAUAAACGAAAAAAAGAGGACAAGGAGCGAAAGAAGAAAGAGGAAGAGAAGGUAAAAGCAGAGGAAGAACUAAAGAAAAAGGAGGAAGAGGAAAAGAAGAAACUUGAAGAGGAAGAGAGAAAGAAGCAAGAAGAAGAGGUGAAGCGUCAGCAGGAAGAAGCAGCUGCUCAGUUAAAAGAGAAAGAGGAAGCACAUCAGCUCCACCAGGAAGCGUGGGAACGCCACCAGGCGAGAAAGGAACUCCGUAGCAAAAAUCAGAAUGCGCCGGAAAACCGACCUGAGGAGAAUUUCUUCAGCAGGCUGGACUCAAGUUUGAAGAAGAACACCGCCUUCGUCAAGAAGCUAAAAACAAUUACGGAGCAACAGAGAGACUCCUUGUCCCACGAUUUUAAUGGCCUCAAUUUAAGUAAAUACAUCGCGGAAGCUGUCGCGUCCAUCGUGGAAGCGAAGCUGAAAAUAUCAGAUGUGAACUGUGCUGUGCACUUGUGCUCUUUGUUUCAUCAGCGGUAUGCUGACUUUGCUCCAUCACUUCUUCAGGUUUGGAAGAAACAUUUUGAAGCAAGAAAAGAGGAAAAAACUCCUAACAUUACCAAAUUACGAACGGACUUGCGUUUCAUUGCAGAGCUGACAAUAGUUGGGAUUUUCACUGACAAGGAAGGUUUAUCCUUAAUCUAUGAGCAGCUGAAAAACAUUAUUAAUGCAGAUCGUGAAUCCCAUACUCACGUUUCUGUGGUGAUUAGCUUUUGCCGGCACUGUGGAGAUGAUAUUGCUGGGUUGGUACCAAGAAAAGUGAAGGGUGCUGCAGAGAAGUUUAAUUUGAGUUUUCCUCCUAGUGAGAUAAUCAGCCCAGAGAAACAGCAGCCUUUCCAGAACCUGUUAAAAGAAUACUUUACAUCUUUGACCAAACACCUGAAAAGGGACCACAGGGAGCUACAGAAUAUUGAGAGACAAAACAGGCGCAUUCUACAUUCUAAAGGGGAGCUGAGUGAAGAUCGACACAAGCAGUAUGAGGAGUUUGCUAUGUCUUAUCAGAAACUGUUGGCAAAUUCUCAGUCUCUAGCAGAUCUUUUGGAUGAAAAUAUGCCUGAUCUCCCCCAGGACAAACCAACGCCAGAGGAGCAUGGUCCUGGAAUUGAUAUUUUUACACCUGGUAAACCUGGAGAGUAUGACCUGGAAGGAGGCAUUUGGGAGGAUGAAGAUGCUAGAAAUUUUUAUGAGAACCUUAUUGACUUGAAAGCAUUUGUUCCAGCCAUCUUAUUUAAAGACAAUGAAAAAAGUUCUCAGAGCAAGGACUCCAAUAAAGAUGAAUCCAAAGAGUCUAAAGAAUCUAAGGAUAAUAAGGAUGUGUCAUGUACAGAUGAUUUGGAACUUGAAUUAGAGAACCUAGACAUCAAUGACGACCCUUUGGAAUUGGAGGGAGGAGAUGAGGCAGAAGAUCUUACCAAAAAAAUUCUUGAUGAACAAGAACAAGAGGAUGAAGAAGCCAGUACUGGAUCUCACCUUAAGCUUAUAGUAGAUGCCUUCCUCCAGCAGUUGCCGAACUGUGUCAACCGGGAUCUCAUAGACAAGGCAGCAAUGGAUUUUUGCAUGAAUAUGAACACGAAAGCAAACAGAAGGAAGUUGGUACGAGCCCUCUUCAUAGUUCCUAGACAAAGGUUGGAUUUGCUACCGUUUUAUGCAAGAUUGGUUGCCACACUGCAUCCCUGCAUGUCUGAUGUAGCUGAGGAUCUUUGUUCCAUGCUAAAGGGGGAUUUCAGAUUUCAUGUACGAAAAAAGGACCAGAUUAAUAUCGAAACCAAGAAUAAAACUGUUCGGUUUAUUGGAGAACUAACCAAGUUUAAAAUGUUCACUAAAAACGAUACACUGCACUGUUUAAAGAUGCUUCUAUCAGACUUUUCCCAUCAUCAUAUUGAAAUGGCUUGCACCCUGCUGGAAACGUGUGGAAGAUUCCUAUUCCGAUCUCCCGAAUCUCACUUGAGAACGAGUGUUUUAUUGGAACAAAUGAUGAGAAAGAAGCAAGCCAUGCAUCUAGAUGCCCGCUACGUCACAAUGGUGGAGAAUGCAUAUUACUACUGUAACCCUCCUCCAGCUGAAAAAACCGUGAAGAAGAAGCGGCCUCCUCUUCAGGAAUAUAUUCGAAAACUGCUUUACAAGGAUCUCUCCAAAGUUACCACUGAGAAGGUCUUGAGACAGAUGCGCAAAUUGCCCUGGCAGGACCCAGAAGUGAAAGACUAUGUUAUUUGUUGUAUGAUAAACAUCUGGAAUGUAAAAUAUAAUAGUAUUCAUUGUGUAGCCAACCUUUUAGCUGGAUUAGUUCUUUACCAGGAGGAUGUUGGAAUUCAUGUUGUGGAUGGAGUAUUAGAGGAUAUUCGACUAGGAAUGGAGGUUAACCAACCUAAGUUUAACCAGCGGCGUAUCAGCAGUGCCAAGUUCUUGGGAGAACUUUACAAUUAUCGGAUGGUGGAAUCGGCAGUUAUUUUUAGAACUCUUUAUUCCUUUACUUCAUUUGGUGUGAAUCCUGACGGAACUUCUAGUCCACUGGACCCUCCCGAGCAUCUUUUUAGAAUUCGACUAGUGUGCACCAUUCUGGAUACCUGCGGCCAGUACUUUGACAGAGGCUCUAGUAAACGAAAGCUGGACUGUUUCCUUGUAUACUUUCAGCGAUAUGUGUGGUGGAAGAAAAAUCUGGAGGUCUGGACAAAAGACCAUCCUUUUCCUAUUGAUAUAGAUUACAUGAUCAGUGAUACUCUGGAACUGCUAAGACCAAAAAUCAAACUUUGCAGUUCUCUGGAAGAAUCUAUCAGACAGGUACAAGACUUGGAACGAGAAUUCUUAAUCAAACUAGGCCUUAUGAAUGACAAAGAUUCAAAAGAGUCUAUGGCCGAAGGAGAAAACCUCGAAGAGGAUGAAGAAGAGGAAGAAGGGGGAGCAGAGAUUGAAGAACAGUCUGGAAAUGAAAGUGAAGUAAAUGAACCUGAGGAAGAGGAGGGUUCUGAUGAUGAAGAUGAGAGAGAGGAAGAAGAAGAGGAGAAUACAGAUUACUUAACGGACUCCAAUAAAGAAAAUGAGACUGAUGAAGAGAAUACAGAGGUGAUGAUUAAAGGAGGUGGACUAAAGCAUGUUCCAUGUGCAGAGGAUGAAGACUUCAUUCAGGCUUUGGAUAAAAUGAUGCUGGAAAAUCUUCAGCAACGCAGUGGUGAGUCUGUUAAAGUGCACCAACUUGAUGUCGCUAUCCCUUUGCAUCUCAAAAGCCAGCUGAGAAAAGGACCUCCACUGGGUGGUGGGGAAGGAGAAACCGAGUCUGCAGAUACAAUGCCAUUUGUCAUGUUAACUAGGAAAGGCAACAAACAACAAUUUAAGAUCCUUAAUGUCCCCAUGUCUUCCCAACUUGCUGCAAAUCAUUGGAACCAACAGCAGGCAGAGCAAGAGGAGAGAAUGAGAAUGAAAAAACUCACACUGGAUAUCAACGAACGGCAAGAACAAGAAGAUUAUCAAGAGAUGUUACAGUCUCUAGCACAGCGUCCGGCUCCAGCAAACACCAAUCGUGAGCGACGGCCUCGUUACCAGCAUCCAAAGGGAGCACCUAAUGCAGAUCUAAUCUUUAAGACUGGUGGGAGGUCCUGUAUCUCUGAUGUUGUGGAUAGAGGAGUCCUCCAGCAAUUGAACGAGAGCAGUGGACACAUCUCAGCACGUCGGUCUGGAGAGUUGAGAAUCUAAACCCGGAACAAGCUGGGGCCACGAGGCGGAAACACCAGCCUCCACUACCACCAGAACAAGCCGAGGCUUCCAGUGACAGCAUAAAAAAGGCCUUUUGUAAUGGGAACCAUGCGAGGGUUAAUCUUCUCCUGGGAGUGGAAGUAAAGAAAAAGCGAUGGUUAACUUUACUACCGAGCAGUUCCUCCAAGAACAACUGCCAAUGAGCUGGAUUGUGCCAGAACAGAAGAGGUUUGAUGGUAAUGUGACAGGGAAAAUGAACUUGAGUUAUAAAGUUGAGGUGAAAUACAUUGUCUCUGAGUUGAACAUCCUGUGUUGGAAGAAUAUACAUUUGGGGGCUCCGAGAUUACAGUAGAAAAAGUAUAGAGCAAGCAGUCAAAUCUUCUAGUAAAACCUUCCAUGCAGGACAACAAAAUGAUGAAAGCUCUCCAAAAGCCAGGUACCCCACAAGAAAGACUUUCGUUUUAGGAAUACGUCGCAAGGAGCAAAGCGUGGGAGAGAAAAUCAGUUUGAGCCAUCAGAGCCAAUGAGAUAAAAUUGGCGAUUAAAGUAGAAGAAAAAUGUAAAGACUAUUCCUAGAGAGAGAGAGAGAGAGAGAGAAAGAGAGUGGUGAUCCAGAUUGCUCUUAAAAGUCUGGUAACAAGCCUAAGACCAGGGUUAAAGUCGAGCCCAUUGUAAGUAUCAUUGAAAACCAAAAUGUGCCAGUCAGCAUGUCACGGAAAAAUGACUGAAGGACAACAAGAAGUGGAUCCGGAAGAUUUGUUGACCUUCAUGGGUUUACAGCCUCUGUCUCUAACGAAGUCUGGAAACAAGUAGAGCUUUUAUUUUGUUUUCGUUUUUUUUUCUGUUUUUGUUUUUGUCUUUUGUUUCCUAAGUAGAAUUAAAGUUUCUUGGUCCACUUCUGACAAUCUUUAUUUAUUAGAGUAGUUGUGUCUUUUGUUUGCUUUCUGGUAGGUCUUGUACUUUUAAAGAGCACAUCUGUAUGCUUCUACUUGAUUAAACCAUUUUUUUCUAGCAAUUUUAAUUUUUUUCCUUUUAUCACCUUUUCUGUUUCUGCAUGGAGAAUUAAACAAGAAACAAAAGUUGUAACAUUUCACACAGAAAUGCCCGAUCUUCACCAGCUUCAGAAAUCUGACCUUUGCCGAUGCUGCAAUAAAGUGUUGUAAUUUAGAUUUCA